AUGCCGCCCAAGAAAAGUACUCUUGAGCAUUUCUUCAAGGCACCUCCUUCAAAAAGAACACGCAAUGCUGCGUCACCGUCAUCGCCAUCGACAACGACAAAAUCAUCAACAGACUCGCUGGUCCCUUCAAGUCAUCCUACAUACCAAUUUGCCAUACCCCAACUCCCAAAUUCAAUUACCGAAUCUCUUGAACACGCCAUUCCUUCGCUUGACAAUGGCAAGCGCGUCGACGACCAACCACAUCUCGACCUCGUCCACUUCCAUCGCUACCUCCCUCGCGGCAUCGAAGCCAGCAUAUUUGACUUUUUACGCGAGAAUUUGUUCUUUUAUCGCGUGCAGUAUGCAAAGAAAUUCGGAAAUAAGGAAAUGCAGAUUAAUACGCCAAGGUAUACUACUGUUUUUGGUGUUGACGAGAGUUCGUUCUUCAAUGCGCAACCUGGCUCUGACUCUGGGCCUAACGUUUGUGUUGAAUGUAUGGGUACUGGGGCCUGUAAUCAUGGUGUUGAUACUAGGACAACCCAGGUUAUAUUUGACAGUAAAAGUAAAUGUCCUGUUCCCAAGGACCGGUACUCGUGCCGUCCGCGACCAAUACCAGACGGCCUUAUGUUUUUGAAGAAAAUGACUGAAGCCUCCACCGCUCAGACAUACAACUUCUGUCUCGUGAAUUACUAUGCGGAUGGAAACGACAGUAUAUCGUAUCAUAGUGACGAUGAAAGGUUUUUAGGAGCAAACCCGGCAAUCGCAUCCUUUUCGUUGGGAACGAACCGCGACUUUCUUAUGAAGCACAAGCCUGAUAAGAAGAAGCCGGCGAAGACUGAAAAUGUUCUGAAGGAUAAACCACUGAAGCUCACACUAGACUCGGGGGAUAUGCUGCUCAUGCGUGGGGCCAAGAAAGCAAAAUGGCUGCAUAGUAUUCCGAAGCGCAAAGGAGGUGAAAGUGGCAAUGGGAGAAUUAAUAUAACGUUCCGGAAGGCGAUGGUACCUGGGGGAACCGAGAACUAUUACAAGUAUAAUGUAGGGGAGGGAGGCACUUUUAAAUGGAGCAGAAAAGACAAGAAUAUGAUACCAUGGACGUCGUGAAUUAACCUGCAGAUACACUGUAAAAGGGUUGGUACACAUAACGAAUGGAUAUGGUACUUUACAAUUGAUUAUA